GCGCCCUUCGGAAAGACUCUCACACUCAAAGUUGAGUCGGUAAGGAGCGCGAGCCUGCACACGCACACGCACGUACACCAGAACGCUCCCGCGUGCACAAUGCACACGUCUCCUGGACUCGUACGCGUCGUCUUUUUUGUCUGGACGUCAUUUUGCAUUAAAGGAUCUUUACAGGGAGAGCACCAGAGGAGGUUGUAUAAGGAGUUAUUAGAAAACUACAACCGGCUGGAGAGGCCGGUGGCCAAUGACUCUGCACCUCUCGUCGUGGAACUUGGACUCACACUGCUCCAGAUUAUUGAUGUGGAUGAGAAGAACCAAGUGCUCAUCACCAAUGCUUGGCUACAGCUGGGCUGGACAGAUGUGUAUCUAAGCUGGAACCCGGAGAAUUACCCCGGCGUUAAUAACCUACGCUUCCCGUCCAAUCAGAUCUGGACGCCUGACAUCCUCCUCUAUAACAGCGCUGACGAGAGGUUUGAUGCCACUUUCCACACCAACGUGCUGGUGAACUCGUCAGGAGCCUGUCAGUACAUACCUCCAGGUAUUCUAAAGAGCACGUGUUACAUCGACGUGCGCUGGUUUCCGUUCGACGUACAGAAGUGCGACCUGAAGUUCGGCUCCUGGACCUACAACGGCUGGCUGCUGGACCUUCAGAUGCAGGAGGUGGACAUUUCAACAUACAUCCCUAAUGGAGAGUGGGACCUCGUGGGAGUCCCAGGGAAGAGGAACGAGCUGUAUUAUGAAUGUUGUAAGGAGCCGUAUCCGGACGUGACCUACACGGUGACCAUCAGAAGACGAACGUUGUACUACGGACUCAACCUGCUCAUUCCCUGCGUCCUCAUCUCAGGCCUGGCGCUGCUCGUCUUCCUGCUGCCUGCUGACUCUGGGGAGAAGAUCUCGCUGGGAAUCACCGUGCUGCUGUCCCUCACCGUCUUCAUGCUGCUGGUGGCGGAGAUCAUGCCGGCCACCUCCGACUCCGUCCCCCUUAUAGCUCAGUACUUUGCGAGUACGAUGAUGAUCGUGGGCUUGUCUGUCGUGGUCACCGUCCUCGUCCUGCAGUUUCACCACCACGAUCCACACGGAGGCAAAAUGCCAAAAUGGGUGCGGGUGAUCCUGCUCCACUGGUGCGCUUGGUUCCUGCGCAUGAAAAAGCCAGGUGAUGAGCGCAAGACCGCUUACAGCUACUCUAGCGCCAGCACCAGCAGCCUGCAGAUGAGCAGCGUGCCGGGCCAGAUGGGCACCAACGGCCACACCAACCUCUACUUCGGCUUCCACUCGCCAGACAGCUCCUGCUGCCCCAACAGCAGCGAUUCAGGCGUGUCGUGCGGAGUGUCCUGCGCCGGCGGGCAUCGCGAAGCAGCCCCGGCUCUGUCAGGCGAUCAGAGAGAGCUUCAGAGGCUCCUGGUGGAGGUGUCGUACCUGGCACAGCGUUUUCGAGCCCAGGACGAGGCCGAGGCGGUGCGGGGCGAGUGGAAGUUCGCGGCGGCCGUAGUGGAUCGCCUCUGCCUCGUCGCCUUUUCGCUCUUUUCCAUCAUCUGCACCUUCGCCAUCCUCAUGUCGGCGCCCAACUUCAUCGAGGCCGUCUCCAAGGACUUCACAUGAUCACCCUCUCUCACUGAAAAUGAGAAAAACUAACCACUGCCUGUGUGUGUGUUUGUGUGUGUGUGUGUGUGUGUGUUGUAACAAUUUCAUCUAAAUCAGUGAAUCGGUGAGUGAGUCAGUGAAUCAGUGAGUGAAUCAGUGAGUGAGUCAGUGAAUCAGUGAGUAAGUCAAUGAAUCAGUAAAUGAGUCAGUGAAUCAGUGUGUGUAAUAUGCUGAUCGUUUUUUUUUUUUGUCUUGAAAAGAGAAAAAAUGAACUAUUCCUUUUUACAGAAAUGUGACAUGAGAGUGACUGUUUUGUUGCUGAAGGUUUUGUAUAUUUUCAGUUCCACAUUCCAAGCGCACGACGAGCAUAAUAUAGAAAACCAUUGUGACGUCUAAUGUAUCGAAUCGAGCAGUUACACGUAUCGAACAAUAAGCAGAUCUCUGCCGAAGACUGGACGUCUCUGUAAUGUAUGUGUUUGUGUGUGUGUGUGUGUGUGUGUGUGUGUGUGUGUGUGUGUGUGUGAGAAUGAGAGUCCAAAUGAGAGUCAGUCAUUGGGAGAGGAUGUGAUCGUGAGUCGGUGUGUACUUCAGAAGUAUUUUGUGGUUGUUGAGAAAUAGUUACUGAUGAAAAAUAUGUAAUCCGAGUGUAUUUUUCAAAAAGUGUAUUCUUUUCACAGCCCUCGUUGGACUGUAGUGUAUCGUGGCCAUUCACUGUAGUGGCUCUCAGCAGCCCUCGUGUAGCAGUAGGUAUUUCACGUGUGUCACCUUAACACUUUCUAGUUUUUCACUGUGAACUUUCAGUGUUAGACGCUGUGGUUUUUGCUAAACGCCUGCCAUAUCGCAGACAGUGUUGUGAAAACGUAUUUCCUCAUUUUAAAAAAAGGACAACGAUCCGAAACAUGCCACCGUGUUUUGGCGUGGGCUAGUCAAAGUCUGGACUUUAAUCAGAUUGAGAUGCGGUGGCAUGGCACCUUAAACAGGCUGUUUAUGCUCGAAACCCCUCCAAUGUGGCGGAUAUAAAAUUUUUGUUUUGUAUAAGGGUGGCACAACCAGUUAUUCGGUUUAGGGGCAAUUACUUUUGCACAUAGGGCCAGGAAGGCAUGGACAGCCCUUUUUUCUCCUAAUAAAUAAAAUCAUCACUUAACUGCA